AUGCAGGCGCCUGUGGUGUUCAUGAAUACGGCGAGUGGCGAGAGACAAGUCGGUCUCAAAGCGCAAAUAUCCAAUAUUACUGCCGCGAAAACUGUGGCGGAUAUUAUAAGAUCAUGUCUCGGACCAAAAGCUAUGUUGAAAAUGCUUCUGGAUCCCAUGGGAGGCAUUGUCCUGACCAACGACGGUCACGCUAUCCUUCGAGAAAUUGAAGUUGCGCAUCCAGCGGCAAAGAGCAUGAUUGAGUUGAGCCGAACACAAGAUGAAGAAGUUGGAGAUGGAACGACAACUGUCAUAAUAUUAGCCGGUGAAAUACUUGCUCAAGCCCUCCCACAACUCGAACGAAAGAUCCACCCUGUGGUGAUCAUUCAAGCCUUCAAGAGAGCCCUUACAGACGCGUUGGCCAUUGUGGAAGAGAUUUCAAUACCGGUCGACACGUCGAAUGACCAAGCCAUGACCUCAUUGAUUGAGUCCUCCAUCGGCACCAAGACCAUCUCGAGAUACUCGAAACUAAUGUGUGGUCUGGCUCUGAAAGCGGUCCGAGUGGUAACACAAGAUCAAGCCUCUAUUUCAAACCCCCCCCCCACCAACGGAGUCGCCAAACCGGCCUCGCCCUCAAGACCACAAGAAAUUGACAUUAAGCGAUACGCCCGAGUAGAGAAGAUUCCCGGCGGAGAGAUCGAGGACUCAAGAGUGUUGGAUGGAGUCAUGCUGAACAAAGAUAUUACCCACGCUUCCAUGCGCAGACGGAUAGAAAAUCCAAGAAUUGUUCUCCUCGACUGCCCGCUCGAAUACAAAAAGGGCGAGUCUCAGACCAACAUCGAAAUCACGGACGAGGAGUCAUGGAACAAGAUCCUACAGAUCGAGGAAGAGCAAGUCAAGAAGAUGUGCGAUGCCAUUUUGGCGGUCAAGCCGGACCUGGUCAUCACCGAAAAAGGUGUCUCGGAUCUAGCGCAACACUAUUUUGUUAAGGCCAAUGUCACCGCCCUCCGUCGUGUACGGAAAACAGACAAUAACCGCAUUGCCCGCGCUACCGGAGCCACCAUUGUGAAUCGAGUAGAUGAUCUCGUCGAAUCCGACGUUGGCACGGGAUGUGGUCUGUUUGAAAUCGAAAAGAUCGGGGACGAAUACUUUUCCUUCAUCACGAAAUGCCGAAAUCCGAAGGCCUGCACGAUUCUUCUCCGCGGGCCGUCAAAAGACAUCCUAAAUGAAAUCGAACGAAACCUUCAAGAUGCCAUGUCGGUUGCUCGAAACGUCAUGUUCCACCCACGUCUUUCCCCGGGCGGUGGCGCCACGGAGAUGGCUGUCUCAGUACGCCUGGCGCAGAAAUCCAAAUCUGUCGAAGGCGUAAUGCAAUGGCCCUACCGGGCUGUGGCAGAUGCCAUGGAAGUCGUCCCACGCACUCUCAUUCAGAACGCUGGAGCCAGCCCCAUUCGGAUCCUGACACAGUUGCGAGCGAAGCAGGCAGAAGGCAAGUCCAGUUUUGGCGUCGAUGGCGAUACAGGUAAUGUGGUGGAUAUGAAGGAGUACGGGGUGUGGGAGCCACAAGCGGUCAAGAUGCAGAGUAUCAAGACCGCGGUGGAGAGUGCAUGUCUUCUGCUUCGGGUUGAUGAUAUUUGUGGCGCAAAGAGCGCGAAGCAAGUUGGCGGGACUGGGUUGUCUGGUGGUGGAGGAGACGAAUAG